AGCUUUUAUUGCUGGAAAAGCCCCGAAGCGCGCGCAGCGCGGAAAAGAGUGGCACGAUCGAUCGCCGAACGAACGAGAAACGCCGACGAAGAAAGGAAACAAAAAAAAGGAGGUGGUGACGAGCGUCCGAAAAGCACAAACACUUUAGAGAAGCAAAGGGAGAGAGCAAAGAGCGCGCAAAAGUGUACGAAAAUGAGGUGGCAAGAGGAAAAACAAGAAGGAGAGAAACGAAAACAAAGGCGAAUCGCGUAAGGCGAAAAAGCGUGCAAGUUGUGAGUGAGUGAGAGAGAGAGGGAGAGCGAUCGAUCGGCUGGUUGGUGGGAAGGAGACGGACGCUCUGUCGAAGGCGAGAGAGCGAGGAGAGCUCGGCAGGCAGAGAGCAGCAGAGGCACAACUCAAACUCAAACAACACACACUCAACGAAGGUGCUCUGCUCAGUCGGCAAGCCCGAAGAAGGAAGGAUAUCGGUGGCCUAGAAGCGCAGAGCUUGAGCAUAACAGUUUUCGUGCGCGAUCGUGAUUGAUGUUCGGCCCUCGGCCCCCGACGUGUGUUUUUCUUCUCGAAACUCGAUACGCAACGCACAACACUGUCGGCUGUCCAGGGAGGAUAUUGAGAGCAGAGCAGGUCGAGAGCAGGCAGCGGCUGGGUGGUCAGGAUUUUGCGGGAAAGUUUUUCUGUAGAGUUUUUCGGCUUUUCCCCCUGAGGCCAGGAGUGAUCGCGACUUGGUGUCCUUAAGGAAAAGAAAAAAAAACCGAAUAAAUGUGUCCACAACGGAUUGCCCUCUAGCAAGAAGCCAUGUGAUCGUUUACCAGAAAAUGAUCAAUUUAGUGAUAACCGUUGACAGUGCAAGCAGAGUGUGAAGUUUUGGCCGAGUUCUAGCAGUUAAGUGAGUGUGUAGAUAAAGAAGUGUGUACAGAAGUGGUGAACAAACGUAAGAGCAGGUCGAGCUGAAAAUCGGUUGUGUUUUUCCUCUGGUGUGGGAAAAUUUGUGAUGAUUGUCAGCAUGGAACUGGUGACACUUUUCCUGGUCUGCCUGAUGGCGGUCAGCAGUACGAGCGCGGAGGUGGAAAGCAAAAGCAAACCCGGUCGGGGACGGGGAUCGAUGUGGUGGGGCAUCGCGAAGGCCGGCGAACCGAACAACAUUUCGCCGCUGGCGAACGGUAUGAUCUACAUGGAUCCGGCGAUACACGCGACGUUGAGGCGGAAGCAGCGACGGCUUGCGAGGGAGAACCCGGGCGUGCUCGCCGCGAUCGCCAAGGGUGCCAACAUGGCGAUCAACGAGUGCCAGCACCAGUUCCGGAACCGGCGGUGGAACUGCUCCACGCGGAACUUCCUCCGGGGGAAGAAUCUGUUCGGGAAGAUCGUCGAGCGAGGAUGUCGAGAGACGGCCUUCAUCUACGCGAUCACCAGCGCGGCCGUGACGCACAGCAUCGCGCGGGCCUGCAGCGAAGGAUCGAUCGAGUCAUGCACGUGUGACUACUCGCACCAGAGCCGGGCACCGCAGGCUAAUAGCAUGGGCGCGGUGGCCGGAGUCCGGGACUGGGAGUGGGGCGGCUGCAGUGACAACAUCGGGUUCGGGUUCAAGUUCUCGCGGGAAUUCGUCGACACCGGCGAGCGCGGCCGGACGCUGCGUGAGAAGAUGAACCUGCACAACAACGAAGCUGGACGAUCGCACGUACAGUCGGAGAUGCGGCAGGAGUGCAAGUGCCACGGGAUGUCCGGCUCGUGUACGGUGAAAACCUGCUGGAUGCGUCUGCCCAGCUUCCGAGUGGUGGGUGACCUGCUGAAGGAUCGCUUCGAUGGCGCCUCGCGCGUGAUGGUCUCGAACAGUUUGCGGACGACCGUCAACGAAGCGACGCUGUCGAACCGGGCGAACCCGAACGGGUUGAAGAGCCCGAAUCAGGUGGGCUCGAGCCCGAACAGCGUCUCGAGCAACUCGAUCCACGCGCGGAGUCACCAGCAGAAGAAGAUCAAUCGAUACAACUUCCAGCUCAAGCCGCACAACCCGGACCACAAACCGCCGGGCAUGAAGGACCUGGUCUACCUGGAACCGUCGCCGGGGUUUUGCGAGCGGAACCCCCGGCUCGGCAUCCAGGGAACGCACGGCCGCCAGUGUAACGACACGUCGAUCGGCGUCGACGGGUGCGAUCUGAUGUGCUGCGGCCGGGGCUACCGGACGCAGGAAGUGAUCGUGGUGGAACGGUGCGCCUGCACGUUCCACUGGUGCUGCGAGGUAAAGUGUAAGCUGUGUCGGACGAAGAAGAUUAUUCACACAUGCCUGUGAGGUGGAGUGGGAGUUGGAGUAGCAGGUCCGACGAGGUAGCGAGUCAACAAAAAAGCCCAGCGCAGAAAAAAAAACGAAACGCAGAAUUGUAGAGAAUCGUUCACGUAUUCUUUGCGGGGUCCAGCUCCGGUUUUUGCGUUGAUUUCUGAAUCAUAAUCUCGGGAGGGAUUUGUGUGAUCAAGAAUCGAGAGACGGGGACGGAGACGACACAAAAAAAA